UUUUUCCCCAUAUUUUUUAUAUGUAGGCUUAAUUUGAGAUAGCUUUUUUAAGUCAUAAAGUGAUUAUUUAAUAAUCACUUGAGAAAUUCUCUAAGACUUUCAAGCUUGAAGUUUUCAAAGUUUAUUUUAUGUAAAGAAGCAUUUAUUGCUCCCUUGAAAUCACUCGUAGAAAGAUUCAAACACUCAUUUGGAUUUAAGUUUCUUCAUGAUAUCUUUUAUUUGAUGUUAAAUAGCUUAAAAAUUAAAAGAAAAUGAAAGAAUGUUAAUGAAAAUUACUUUUGCAACCUAUUUAUUUAUGAAUAUCAUGUAUUUUAUUUUCCAUAAAAAUGAAGAUUAUAAUGGAAAAAUUAAGUUCUAUUUGAUAACUAUUUUUUAAAAUAGUUUUCAAAUAAUGGGGUUUAAUAGUUUUAAAAAUAUUUUUUAUAUCUAGUAUUUUAUUUUUAAUUAUUUUAUAUAUUUAUAUAAUUAUUUUUUAAAAUAACUUCUAAAAUGAUAAAUGAAAAUAACUAAAAGAUGUUUUUUAAAAAUAUCCAAUUUUCUUUUUAAAAAUGAAAAAUAAAAAACAGUUUUUAGUUGUUAAAUAUGUGUUUUUUAUUUUUUAUUUUAGAUAAUAGAAAACUAUUUUUAAAAAGAGUUUUCAAGCAUAUUCUUACUUCUUAGUAACUUUCUCUAUUAAAAAAUAAAAAAUAAAACACUUAAAUACAGAAUGCAUGCUAGAUCAUAACUCAUAAGUUGAAAGUCUCUUUUCCUAGACUUUUCAACAUGUCAUUGAAUGCUUGAAGUACUUUUUAGUUUUUACCUCAAUAUUUUCCGAAAGCAUACAAUUUCAACUGACUUUAAAGAUGUUAAUAAUGAAGGGUCUGCUCCAUCUUAAUCAUAGCUUUUGCAUUUGACACGCGAAAUAAUGCAAAAAUAAAAUAAAAUCACAGAAAGGUGCGACCAAAAUUAAGGAGGGACUAAAAAUUGAUUAUUGAAAACUAUUCAUUUGCCAAUGUUGUCAUAUAGCAAAUGCCAUCUGGAAAUUGAGGGAAAAAAGAGCAGAGAAACAGGGAAGGCUGAAACUAGACUUCUUAAUACCCAAAUGGACGGCCCAGAUUCGUUCUCCCUUCCCCACUCUUUCUGUUUAUCUUCUCUUCCACCUUCCAUUUAUUCGCCAACACUUCCUGCUCUCUCUCUUUCAUUCUCUAAGAGAACUGUAGAGUAGAGACAAAGAAGAUGAUGUUGGGAAAGAGAGCCCGGCCUCAGAUUAAAAGAACCACCAGCAUGACCGGGAUCACCGUUGAUCUCGGCCACGUUGAAGCUCCGGCCCCCGCCGAUCCCCAGAACCCCAUCAAAGAUGUUCACGCCGCGGCGAGAGUAGAGAACAUGGUUGCGGGUUCCAAUGGAUACGAUCCCCGGUUUUUAGCGGCCACGGUCUCCCCGAGAAUCCAUAGGAGAAGUUCAGGCGAGUUCAUGGAGACUGCUCAUUUCUUGAGGACCUGUGGCCUCUGUCAGCGCCGUUUGCAACCUGGUCGCGAUAUCUAUAUGUACAGGGGAGAUACCGCUUUUUGUAGUCUAGAGUGCAGGGAACAGCAGAUGAAGCAAGACGAACGAAAAGAAAAAUACUCAGGUAUGGCUUCAAAGAAAGAAGACCACCGGCACCAUGCAUCAGCACAGACCGCCGCUGCCUCGGAAGGCGAGACUUUGGCCGCUGCUUGAAGAGUAUUACGAGAGGGAGAGAAAAUCACAUGGAUGGUCUCCUGGCCUCCUCCGUAUCUAAUACAACAACGUUACUGAUCCAUAUGAUAUGAUAUGAUAUGAUAUGAUGCUGAUGAUGAUGAUAUUUGUGUAAAAAACCAUGACGAUGUGGUGCACCUGCACCCUCUAUCUCUUUGCCAUUUGCAAAUGAAAAUUAGGCAAUGCUUUCUCACUCA